AUGUACGAAAUCGCUUCCUUCUCUCUAGUCAUCUGACCAUUUGGAUAUUCCUCAAAUCUUGAAAAUUGCACAUUGAAGAACUAUAAGAGAGCAAGGAUAGACGAAGGCCCCAACGAGGAUAUAAUUCUCUCCUCCGAACCUUUGGAACCAGAUCGCUGAAGAUCUGCUCGUGCCGACCUUUUCGUACAACAUCGCCCCGGAUUCUGGGUCCAUGACCUUCAAUCCAAGUGAACAACAACCACACGGAACUCCCCUGGGCCCAUCCCAGGACGCAAGCCGCCCAAAUCAGUCUCUCCAUCACCCAGAUCAUUCUGCAUGGUCUUCGGGUCAACCCAGGUCUCACCUGGACAACGAGAAAACAUCAUGGCAGGAAAAUGAGAAGACAUCGGGAGUCUCCUUCGCACCGGGAGACAUUCAAGACAGCAAUUCAUCCAAAAAAGAAAACGCUCAAGAACUUGCAACUCUCAAACGACCCGAUCUAGGAUCCCGCCAGCCAACAGCGCCGUCUUCCGUAUACGCUGCUCCUUUCGUUUCCUACAGUCAUGAUCUCGAACAGGUCCAGAGUCGACAUGGCUCUGUUCGUUCACAGCGCCCUCGAAGUUCUUCGUCUUCAACUUCUGUGUCCACCUUGCGGGAAUUGCCGAGCGAUAUGCGCAAUGCCAGCAGAGAGUCCACAGACGCGUAUGGAAACACGUAUCCGGAAGGAGGUCGAGAAGCGUGGCUCUGUGUGUUUGGAUCAUUUUGCGGCUUGACAGCUAGCCUUGGUAUAAUGAAUACUCUAGGAACGUAUCAGGCGUAUCUGUCCACACAUCAACUGCAGAACUACACCGAUAGUACAAUCGGCUGGAUAUUCGGAAUCUACGCCUUCCUGUCCUUUUUCUUCGGCAUUCAGAUUGGGCCUAUCUUCGAUGCGAAGGGACCCCGCUUACUGGUCCUGGCCGGCUCGGUUCUGCUGAUGGCUGCGGUACUCCUGAUGGGUGUCUGCCACAAGUACUACCAGUUUUUGAUUGUGAUUGGUGUCAUGGGCGGGCUUGGGACGUCGUUGGUGUUCACUCCAGCCAUCGCAGCUGUGGGACACUUUUUUCUCCGAAAGAGAGGACAAGCGACUGGACUUGCUGCCGCUGGAGGUUCUUUGGGAGGAAUCGUCUUCCCACUUGCGCUGCAGGCUCUCUUCCCUAAAAUUGGCUGGGCAUGGUCGACAAGGGUCGUCGCCUUGGUCAAUCUCGUGUUACUCAUCUUCGCCAACUUGUUCAUCCGAUCCCGCCUGCCUCCACAAAAAGCAAGCAAGGAAAAUAUGCUUCCCGACUUCCGCAUAUUCCGAGAUCCUGUCUUUGCGUUGACGACGUUUGGCGUCUUCUUCGUCGAAUGGGGACUUUUCGUUCCCUUGACCUAUCUUUCCAGCUACGCCCUGAGCAAUGGAAUAUCGACGCAAUUCUCCUAUCAGCUCAUCGCCAUCCUGAACACCGGAUCGUGCUUUGGCCGGUACUUCCCCGGUUUCUGGGCUGACAAGAUUGGACGAUUCAAUUCCAUGUGCAUCACGCUUACAUUGUGUCUGAUUUUCACCCUGGCAUUCUGGCUACCGGCGAACGGGUCUAUGCCGUUGAUCAUCAUCUAUGCACUGAGCUUUGGAUUCGCCUCAGGCUCCGGUAUCUCACUGACACCUGUGUGUGUCGGCCAGUUGUGCAGGGUUGAGAACUAUGGUCGAUAUUACGCGACAUGUUACACUUUGGUGUCUUUCGGGUCUUUGACCGGUAUUCCUAUCGCUGGCCAGUUGGUGACUAGGUGCAAUGGGCAAUACUGGGGGCUGAUUGUCUUCACAUGUUGCGCUUAUGCUGCCUCGCUGACGACGCUGUCCGCUGCGAGAGUAGUUGGUGCAGGUUGGAGUUUGAAAAAGGUCUAUUGAGAGCAUUCUGUGGGUUUCAAAAUGGUGAUUAUUUUAGCAAGGAGUUUCACUGCAUGGGAUUGAUUUCGAUUGCAUAUAGCCGCCAAUGGAUAGCUGAUGAUACUUGGACAAAUGGGAAAAUUGAUGUUCUUCUGAUUGAGUGAUGAUCGGCCUGCUUCGGU